AUGUGGCGCGUACUGCUGGCUCUAGGGGCCGCGUGCGGCUUCGCGCGCGCUUCCCAGGACGUGGUAUGCACUUUCUCCGACUCGACCACCCCCACCUCCCUCUUCAACCACCUAGUCGUCGAUCGCAACACGGGGCGCGUCUACAUCGGCGCCCUCAACCGAAUAUACCAGCUGUCCCCGGACCUCGAGGUCGCGCAGAAGAUCAACACCGGACCAGUGAACGACUCGGCGCAAUGCACCUUCGAUUGCCCGCCCAAUUUCGUUAAGAAACCGACGGACAAUGUGAAUAAGGCGCUUGUAAUCGAUUAUGCGACGAGCCGCCUCAUAACGUGCGGCUCUGUGCUCCAAGGGUUGUGUUCUGUGCGCAAUCUGAACAAUAUAUCUCAUGACGUGCGCGACGUACGUGAACCGGUUGUGGCGAACAAUGCCAGCGCAUCCACCGUAGCGUUUAUCGCGCCAGGGCCUCCCAAUCCACCGAUGACGCAAGUUAUGUAUGUGGGAGUCACUUUUACUGGGAACUCACCUUAUCGUUCUGAAGUGCCUACCGUUAGCAGCCGGUCCCUUGAAGACGAUAGACUUUUUAUGAUAGCGAGGACGGCUGUCACUACUGGGACUCGAAUGUUUGUGAAUUCGUUAUCUAGAGAACGUUAUCCUAUUAAUUAUGUGUACGGCUUUAGUUCGGAAGGAUUUAGCUACUUUUUAACGACGCAGCUACGAGGCGUUGGUUCGGAUACGUAUUAUAGUAAGUUAGUACGUGUAUGUCAUGACGACGAAAAUUAUUAUUCGUAUACUGAGAUUCCUAUGUCGUGUAUGGGUGAAGGAGGCGGAAACUUUGGAUACAAUCUCGUUCAAGCUGCAUUCGUUGGGAAAGCCGGCUCGGUGUUGGCCGGUGAACUCGGAAUAACCGCACAACACGAUGUUCUCUUUGCAGCAUUCAGUCAGAGUGAUACUAUUAAUACCAAUACGCCCUCAAACUUAUCGGCCCUAUGCGUUUAUUCACUUAAAGCUAUUCGGCGCAAGUUUAUGCAGAAUAUAAAGACAUGUUUCAGUGGAAACGGUUCACGAGGAUUGGAUUUUAUUUCGCCGUCUCAUGCUUGUAUUGGGACUAAGUUGCAAUCAAUAAGUGAAGAUUUCUGCGGGCUUGAUGUGAAUACUCCUUUGGGAGGUGAACAGCCAGUAGAGGCUGUACCAGUUAUUGUAUUUAAGAAGGAGAGGCUGACCGCUGUGGCCGCGACUGCCACGGGCGAUUACACUGUCGUAUUCGCCGGCACUGCUGAGGGUCAUCUUAAGAAAAUAGUUGUAGAAAGCGCUACUUCAGCUUUUGAAUACGGAGAUAUUGUAGUUGAUGAAAGUUCUCCAGUCAAUAAAGACUUGUUCUUCGAUACUCAAUUAAUGCAUUUAUAUGUAAUGACUGAACGUAAAGUGUCUAAAGUUAAAGUUCAAGAAUGUAGUGUUUAUAAAUCAUGCUUAACAUGUCUCGGAGCCAAAGACCCAUAUUGCGGCUGGUGUUCGCUUGAUAAUAAAUGCAGUCUACGAUCUGAUUGCCAAGAUGCAGCGAAAGAUCCGCUAUAUUGGAUUUCCUAUCGCAGCGGACGCUGUACGACCAUCACCCAAGUGACACCCAAUCAAUUGCAACGAACUACUGCAAGGACUCUAGAUUUAGUUAUUGAAAAUUUACCCACACUCAAUGGACAACAAUUUUUGUGUGCAUUUACAGCUUUAGAUCGUACUCUUAUAACUAAUGCAACGAGAAAAACGUACGGGGUUAAUUGUACUACACCGCGUACAGAUACUCUCCCACCAAUACCUACUGGUCAGCAUCAUUUUACAGCCAAAUUGUCCGUGCGAACUACUCAGGGACCUGAUUUUGUAGCCACUAAUUUUACCUUUUUUGAUUGUAAUACGUACAGCUCGUGCACUCAAUGUGUCAGUUCGUCUUUCCCUUGCGAUUGGUGUGUAGACGGUCACCGUUGUACUCAUGAUACAGCGGAAAAUUGCCGAAACGAUAUUCUUGUAACCGGCGUAAGUAGAAUAGGGCCUAGCUAUCGCUCUGGACCCGGAUUUUGUCCGACGAUAAAUUCCACAUCCGAUGGCACUAACGAAAUUUUAGUACCAUCCGGUGUGAAAAAAGCUAUCAAAGUCAAAGUUCACAUUAUCGGUCAGUUCAUAGUUCAGACGAGAUUCGUGUGUCAGUUCAAUAUAGAGGGUCGGGUCACUCAUGUCAAUGCUCAACUUCUCGCUGAUACAAUUUACUGCGAAGCCGUAGAAUUUACGUAUACAUCCCGCGCACCUAAUAUAACCGCAUCGUUCGCUGUUAUUUGGGGAGGUUCCAAACCGUUAGAUAAUCCGGAUAAUACUCACAUUCUCAUUUAUCGUUGUAACGAUAUGGCAGAUAAUUGUGGUAUUUGUUUAGCUUUGCCUGAAAAGUUUGGAUGUGGUUGGUGUCAAGGUUCAGAUCGAUGCGAGGUUCAGGAACAGUGCGACGCACCUAGUGUAUGGUUAAAUAGAACCCAAACCUGUCCUAAUCCUGAAAUUCAUUCGUUUAAACCACAGUUAGGGCCUUGGGAUGGCGGUACUAAUAUUACUAUCGAAGGUAUAAAUCUAGGUAGAAAUAUAUCAGAUAUCUAUAACGGCGUUACUAUAGCGGGAAUAAAAUGUCAACCAAUCAUCGAGUUAUAUGUUAAAACUAGGCGUAUCGUUUGUACCGUCGACGGUCCUGGAGAAGAAGUGCCUCGAGACGGCCCGGUGGUUGUACGUGUAGCAGAUUAUCGCGGCGAGUCGAAACAUCACUAUGCCUUCGUUAAUCCGAAAAUCAGCUCAAUUCAGCCUAAAUACGGUCCACAGUCCGGCGGCACUAAGUUACGUAUCACCGGUGAAUAUCUAAAUGCCGGAAGUAAUAUUCAAGCAUUUAUUGAUGAUUUACCAUGCGCUAUUUUAUCUGUAUCGCACGAGGAAGCGGUCUGUAGAACUAGUCACUCGUAUCAGCUAAAAAUGGGCACGCUGCGGAUGCGUUUCGAUAAUGGAAUGCGCACUUUAGAACGCGAAAAGUUCGAAUAUAUCGAGGAUCCCGUUGUAGUUUCCGUAGAAUCUGGUCCACCAUUAGCAUCACAACGCAAACAACCCAAGGGCAUUCCAUCCGGAGGGAUAAACAUCAAAGUAAUGGGGCGUAAUUUCCAUUCUAUUCAGUUCCCACAAAUAUACGUGUAUCACGAUAACCGACCUUACAUAGCCCCUUGUCAUAGAGUCGAUUUUCAUAUUCAGACCCAUCUCAUAUGUGAAUCUCCUGGGAUCGAGAGCGCCGGCCUGAAUCUAGAUCCCGAUAGGCCGUUAGAGUUAGAAUACGGGUUCAAUAUGGACGACGUACAAAGCGUUCAGAAUCUUACUACUAAGACGGGCGACGCGUUCCUUCUAUACCCGGAUCCUAUUUAUGAGAAAUUUGACGAAGAGGUUAAGUAUUAUAAGUCUGAAUAUUUAACGAUCAACGGUCAAAAUUUAGACAGGGCCUGUACCGAAUUAGAUGUCGAGGUACAUAUAGGGGAGAGUUUGUGUAACGUGACUUCUCUUUCUAGACAUCAAUUAACGUGCAGGCCGCCGUCCCGUGACGAGCUGCCGGAUGGUGUUGAAACUCCCGAGGUAGUCGUAAGGGUCGGUCGCGCUCUUACUUAUAAGAUCGGUAAAUUAUCCUAUGCGUCGCAAGCAGGCUUACAGGCGACAAUAGGACAACCAGUAUUAUUCGGUAUUGCAGCUAGUAUAGUAUUACUCGUAUUAGUAUUUGGCGUGUUUCUAGUUAUGUAUAGGCGAAAAUCAACUGAAAAUAUAAGAGUAUUAAAAAAUAUGCAGGAGCAGAUGGAUAUUUUAGAAUUAAGGGUAGCUGCGGAGUGCAAAGAGGCAUUCGCGGAGUUGCAGACUGAAAUGACCGAUUUAACGGGUGACGUAACGGGCGGUAUACCGUUCCUCGAUUAUCGUACGUACGCUAUGAAAAUAUUGUUCCCCAAUAUCGAUGAUCACGUCGUCCUUCAGUGGGAGCGUCCAGAGCUUAUUAGGAAAGAAAAGGGUCUGAGAUUGUUCGGACAGUUAAUUAUGAACAAAACAUUCCUUCUAUUAUUUAUUCGUACUUUAGAAAGCAAUAGGUAUUUUUCAAUGCGCGAUCGUGUUAAUGUAGCUUCACUUAUUAUGGUAACCUUACAAAGUAAAAUGGAGUAUUGUACGGACGUUUUAAAGACUCUCUUGGCGGAGCUUAUAGAAAAAUGUAUGGAGAGUAAAAGCCAUCCUAAAUUGUUGCUUAGGCGUACUGAAAGCGUGGCCGAGAAAAUGUUAAGCGCUUGGUUUACUUUCCUCUUAUACAAAUUCCUUCGCGAAUGCGCCGGCGAGCCACUCUACCUUUUGUUUAGGUCAAUGAAAGGUCAAGUAGAUAAAGGGCCUGUAGACGUUAUAACCUCCGAGGCGCGAUAUUCUCUAAGCGAAGAAAAACUAAUUAGGCAGUCGAUCGAUUUCAAACCAAUGACCGUGAGCGUGUCCAUAUCGCAGCAAACCAUCUUCGUUAGCGGCUUAGAGGCUACAACAGAAAACGUGCAAGUAAAAGUUCUCGACUGUGAUACGAUUAGCCAAGUAAAAGAAAAAUGUUUAGACGCUAUUUACCGCGCCACGCCUUACUCCCAGAGGCCGAGUCGUGAUGAAUUAGAUUUGGAAUGGCGCACGGGCGCUUGCGGUCGCUUGAUCCUUUACGACGAAGAUAGCACUACUAAAUGCGAAGGUGAAUGGCGCAAGCUCAAUACGCUUAAUCAUUAUCGCGUCCCCGACGGAGCUUGUUUGAGCUUAGUCGCAAAACAAAGUUCGGUUUAUAACCUUUCCAAUAUGGAAAAGAGCGAUAAAUCGCACACUUAUGAAACUCUAAACAGAGGAAAGUACGGUUCCGCUAGUCCGCCGGCGAGCCCGCUCAAAUACGAGCACGGCGGCGGCUUCAAAUACUGGCAUCUCGUUAGGCAUCACGACGGUGACGCACACAAAGAGGGAGAGCGCGGCAACAAAAUGGUCUCUGAGAUUUAUCUCACGCGUCUUCUCGCCACUAAGGGCACGUUACAAAAGUUCGUCGAUGAUUUAUUCGAGACUAUUUUCAGCACCGCACAUCGCGGCUCAGCUUUGCCUCUCGCAAUAAAGUACAUGUUUGAUUUUCUCGACGACCAAGCGCUCCAGCACGCUAUAUCCGACCCCGAGGUCGUUCAUACUUGGAAAAGUAACUCUCUGCCGUUGCGCUUUUGGGUGAAUCUAAUUAAAAAUCCUAAUUUCGUAUUCGACGUUCACAAGUCGAACACCGUUGACUCUUGCUUAUCUGUCAUAGCUCAGACUUUCAUGGACUCUUGCUCCACAUCCGACCACAUCCUCGGCAAAGAUUCACCUUCUUCUAAGCUUCUGUAUGCUAAAGAUAUCCCAGUGUAUAAGGAGUGGGUAGAGCGGUACUACGCGGACAUAAAACUGAUGCCGGCCAUAUCCGAUCAGGAUAUGAACGCGAUGCUAGCCGAAGAGUCUCGUCUUCACACGAAGGAGUUCAACACGAACUGUGCGCUAAACGAGCUGUACUCUUACGCGGUGAAGUACAAUGAGCAGUUGAUGGUGACGCUUGAGGAAGACGAGUUCUCGCAGAAGCAGAGACUCGCCUUCCGCCUCGAGCAAGUACAUCAGCUCAUGAACCAUGACUACAACGUG